UCUGGAAUUAUUAAAUUUAGAACUUAAUAUUUUAAAUUUAAAGGUAAGUUAUCAAUAUGGUUCCUUUCUCUUCUCAGUGUGUUUGCCCCUCCCUUUCCUCUUGAUUUCUCACACAUUUACCUAGGUUUCAAAGAUGAAGAAAUGAAAAGCUAGGAGGGAGAAAUCAAAGCCUUACACAAAGAUCAUUGGGUUGACGUGAGACUUCAGAAAAAGUCCUGAAAAAUCAAUAAAAAUAUUAAAGAACUCCUGUAAGUUCAAUACAAUCGCAGAUGAACCGAUCAAGAGUAAUUCCAUGGUCAAUAAUUUCUACUGUAUUAAGAACGAUAAGGUUAAAUCCUCCACUUAUUCGAUUAAGAAAGACAUCCAGAAGAAUCUCAAGAAAAAGAAAAUGAAAGAAAUGAAGAAGAGGAAAUCUGUCCGUGGAAACCUUGUAGCGAGGGUGCUUAUCCCUGUCACAACGGUUUCCAAAUAAAUCUUUUAAGAAUUUCCAUCAUGAUGAUGUGAUCAAGAGUCCUACAUCUCCAGAGGGGUCUAUACAUACAUUAGCCGCUUCGACAAAGAGAAUGUAUGAUAAGAUUUUAUCACAUAAUUCCUCAAAAACAACUAAACACAAGAACACACCACAAUGCGCGUUGAAAGCAUCAGACCGAGGGAUUAAAAGUGAGCUUAGAGAACGGAAAGAAAAUGGGGAUAAAAUCCAAGUAGGCAAUAAAUGAAAGAGCAAAUAAGUCUAUCCCGCAUCAGAGUAUUGACGAUAUCAAAAAUUUUAAUAACAAAUACAAGCUUUUGCAGAAGAAUAAGAAUUUUGAAGAAAUGCUCUUGAAUAAUACUCCGACUAUUAAUUAUUGGACUCUUAAAAAUGAAGAAAAGAUACCAAAACCUAAGCUUAAAGCAAAGUGUUCAGGAAAUAUUAAUAGCUCAAAACGGUCAUUUAACUCUAAUUCUAAAUCUCGAUCAUCAGCGAAGGCGAAUAAAGAAUUUAACCGGCUCAUUACUAAAUCUAAAUUGAGACUUGGCGGUAAAGUUUCAAAACCUGAAUCUGCAACUGGAAAGUAUACAAAUAUCGCAAGCGAUAUGAAAAUUCAGAAGUUAGAGGAGAUCAAUCUUAAGUUAGUAACCCAGAAUGAGAUCUUGAAGACUGAAAACAAAGCUCUUAGGAAAAAGCUUGAACUCUUCACUAGCUGAAAUAUAGAUGAAAUUGUAGGGAGAUAUCCUCUGCUCGCACACGCAGUUGAAGAAAUGGAAGAGAUGUACUCCUCAGCUGUUACUUCACUGAUUAAAGAGAGGCAGGCUUGCAAAUAAAAUCCUCAAUGAAUACACUCACCUCACUAGAGAGAAAGAGAAGGAUGUGAUGAACGCAGAGAUGAAUCAAAACUACCUUGAAACCAAAAAUUCCCUUUUAAAGGAAGUCCUAACAAAGCGUAACAAAGACAUGGACGAAAUUGAAAAAGGAAAUAAACAACUAAUGUCCAUUCUUGAGAAAUACGACGAGAAAAUGGAUAAGAUGAAGGAACAAAUAGAAGUACAGCAACUCAAGAUAGAAAAGUACGAAGAUCAGCUUUCUGGAGAGAUCAAGAAGAUAGACAUCCACACUAUCGAUGGCCGCAUAAACUUCCUAGUUGACAUCCUUGAGGACUAUAAACGCCAACUCGAAGAAAUGGAAGAUGAAGGCGAGGAAUCUGAGGAAGAAGGAGAGGAAGAAACAGGCCUUUCCAAACUCCUUGACGAAUCUAAGCAUGCUAGUGAUAAGGCUAAACUCAGGGAUAUCCUCGGAUCCAGUAAGGUCAAGAACGAAUUCUCAGAGCUGGAAAUUCCUCUUGAAGACGAGUAGAGUAGGAGCUAAGGUAAUUUAAUAAUAUUCUAUG